AUGCAUUCUCCUGAACAGAUCCGGAUUGCAGCACUAAAUGCAGCCUCAGCCGCAGCGGAUGAGUCUGAAGACCCUCUGAAAACUAAAAAGAGUCGAACUAAGGAGGCUCAGGCAAUGCCCUCGGACGACCAAAAGGUGGGUCUUAAGCAUCCAGGGCUGAUGCUGAAAUACUCUACCUUCAAAAACCUGGCUAGUUUGGCUGCGCUGCGGGAUGAUUUGGAGACAGCCAUGGAAUUUUACUUGGAGGCUGUGAUGCUGGAUUCCACAGAUGUGAACAUGUGGUACAAGAUUGGUCAGGUGGCGGUGCGACUGCUACGCAUUCCUUUGGCGCGGCAUGCCUUUGAGGAGGGUCUGCAAUGUAACCCAGACCACUGGCCCUGUCUGGAUAACCUCAUAACUGUUCUCUACACACUCAGUGACUACAGCUGCUGUUUGUAUUUCAUCUGCAAAGCCCUGGAAAAGGAUCAUUGUUACACCAAAGGGCUGGUGUUGAAGGAGAAGAUCUUUGAAGAACAGCCUUGUCUGAAGAGGGACUCCAUGCAAAUGUUCCUGAAGUGUGACAUGUCCAUUCACUAUGUGGAGGUGGAUGAGGAGGAGACCCAGGCCAUUGUGGAGGAGGCGAUGGAUCUGCGACGGCGCAGGCAGGCUCUCUCUGCCCGGGAACCCAAACCAGACCUGGUCCUAGUCCAACCCAUCCGCUGUUUCUCGUGGAAGAAUGUUGGAGAGAGCCUCCUUGCCAUGUACAGACAUCAGACCACCUGCGAGCCGCCACGUCCAAGCCUGGGCCGCAGAAUUGACCUGUCCCAGUACCGCGACCCCAACUGCCUCCAGGCCUUGCCUCCUGAGCCCUGCCCUCCUGUCAGUGAUAUUCAGACCAUCCCCAGCAGCAGCCCCAGCUCCUCCCUGCCUCCACUUCCUGUCCCUGAGCCAUCAGCACUGUCCCAGCCCAGCCCUCUGGUUCAGAUCACACAGAGCCAGACGGUAGAGGUCACUACAACUACAGCCCCCUCUGUUGCUAUGGAAACCUCCUUCACUGUGAAGGAGAAGGAGAAGAAGGCCCCUAAGAGGAGACGCACAAUGGAGGACAGCGGAGACACUGCCAAGCGCCGCUCAGCUCGGGUCAGAAACACCAAGUGCAAGAAGGAGGAGAAAAUCGACUUCCAGGAGCUGCUUUUCAAAUACCUACCAUCCAGACUAAAGAAGUUUGACCUUGAGGAUGACGACGAGAGCCUGAGUAACCUGGAAGCUCAGUGUGAAGUUAAGCAGGACUCCCAGCUGCUCCAUGGCAACAGCGGCAUGCUUUUAGACUCUAUUGAAUACAUGGAAUCAGAACAAGAGGAUGUCCACAACUUCCUGCUCAAUAAUAUGAGCAAUGGUGGGAUAUUAGAGUUGAUGAUGUGCUAUCUGAAAGCGGUGGGUCAGAAGUUCAUGGAGGAGUGGCCUCGGGGGCUGACUGCAGUGGUGCUGGAGGUGUUUCACAGCUGGAGGAAGCACAGUAGCGGCCUGCCCAACCCUCUGCUCCGCGACUGCAGUAAUCAACACAUACGGGAAAUGUUUCUGAUGAGCCUAUCAUGUAUGGAGCUUCAGUUGGAGCAAUGGUCUCACAGCAAAGGCAAAAAUGGGUCGCCGAGAAAGUGCAGUGGGGGCCAGAGCAGUGUUGUGUGUGAAGCAGAGUUCCCAGGGCAGCACUUUGAAGGGGACCUGUUACAGCUGGCCUUGGGAUCAUCACAGGGGUACUUGUUUGAGGACAACUGGGUGGCCGUGGUGGUACGUGUUUACUGGCUCAAGGCACGCUUCUUGGCCCUGCAGGGAGACAUGGACCAGGCCCUGGAAAGCUAUGAUGUGUGUACAGACAUGCUGCAGAGUCACGCACGGACCACAGAGGAGGACAAGUACACCAUCUACCUGCCCAACCUGCGUGUGGAUGCAGCCAUCUCAGUGGAGGAGAUUGAUAAGAAGCUGAAGUCUCUGGAGCGUUGUCAGUCCCUGGAGGAGAUCCAGCGUCUGUUUGAGUCUGGGGACUAUGAGUCUGUGGUGCGGCUGCUGCAGCCCACUCUCAGCUAUGGCUCUGGGCGGGUCAAGCCUCUGGAGUUUGUCAGCUCUGUUCCUGAGAGGCCUGCCCAGCUGCUUCUGCUGCAGAACUCCCUGUUGAAGCAGAAGGACUAUCGUCAGUGUCUGGAGUGCACCGAGGUGGCCCUGAACGAAGCCCUGCAGCAGCUCAACACUGUCCCAGCCAGCUCUCACUCGGCCAAAGAGGAAUGGGUCUCCACCAUCACAACGCUGCUGGGAGGCAUCGAGGUCUGCUUCACAGAGGACCUUCAACUCCUGAGCAACGUCAACCGCUACACCAGCAUGGCCCGGCUGGCCAACAACCUCAUCCAGCUGAUUGACUGCAUCAUGGUGAUCCCAGAUGAUCCCAAGGAGCCUAAUUUCUCCUCGGUCCUGCCCUGGAUUCUCCUGUACCACAUCAUCAAGCACGAGGAGGCUGCUUUCAACUGCCUGCUUCGCCAGCACAUAUCAGUAGGGGACGAUGAAGAAGACUCUAACACCCCCAUGCUGCCCUCCUCCUUGAUGCUGCUCAACACGGCCCAUGAGUAUCUGGGCCGCCGCUCCUGGUGCUGCAAGUCAGACGGCGCUCUGCUCAAGUUCUAUGUUUGUGUUCUGGAGAAAGAGCUGGCUGCCUCUAAAGCGGAGGCCACCCAUCCCUACAAAGAGGAGUUGGAGAUGGCCUUGGAGCAGUGCUUCUACUGCCUGUACGCCUACCCCAGCAAGAAGAGCAAGGCCCGCUAUCUAGAGGAGCACUCUGCUCAACAGGUGGAACUCCUGUGGAGCAACGCCCUCUUCAUGUUCCAGUACUUCAAGCCCAAGACUCUGCCUGAGUUUGACAGCUACAAGACGAGCACGGUGUCUGCUGACCUGGCCAACCUGCUGAAGAGGAUCUCUGGCAUUGUGCCCCGAAGUGACACUCCCAUCCUCACCAUGGACGAGGUGUCAGCCUACAUCGAGGGCACGGCUGGGAAGGAGCCAGUACCUUGCCUUCCUGAGGGGGGCGCUCCAGCACCCCCUGUGGUCAAUGAGAUCUUCUACCUCCUGGCUGACUACCACUUCAAGAACAAGGAGCAGUCCAAGGCCAUCAAGUUCUAUAUGCAUGACAUCUGUGUUUGUCCAAACAGGUUUGACUCCUGGGCUGGCAUGGCACUGGCGAGGGCCAGCCGCAUCCAGGACAAGCUCAACUCCAACGAGCUGAAGAGUGAUGGCCCCAUUUGGAAGCACUCCCUGGCUGUGCUCAACUGCUUUAAGAGGGCCCUGGAGAUCAACAGCUCCAACCUGGCUCUGUGGAUCGAGUACGGCACCAUGUCCUAUGCCCUGCACUCCUUCGCCUCGCGUCAAGUCAAACAGUGGAGGAGCGAGCUGCCCCCUGAGGUCGUCAAACAGAUGGAGGAGAGGAGAGAUACAAUGCUGGAGACGUCGUCCCAGUGUUUCCAAGGGGCGUCUCGGUGUGAGGGGGAUAGUGAUGAGGAAGAGUGGCUCAUCCAUUACAUGCUGGGGAAGAUAGCUGAGAAACGAAAGCAGCCACCCCGGGAAUACGUCCAGCUCUACAAACAGGCAGCACAUUAUCUGCAUGAGGAGGCUGCCAGAUACCCUCGUAAAAUACACUACCACAAUCCCCCUGACUUGGCUAUGGAGGCCCUGGAGCUGUACUUCCGUCUGAGUGCCACCAUCCUAAAGCUGCUGGAGGCUGAGGAACCGGACCUGGAGCAUGAGAUCUUCUUCAACAUCCUGGCUGAGGCAGCCACCGGACCCUUCGCCAGGGGGGAAGAGAAGAGCAUGCCCAGGUCCCACGAAAAGGAGAAGCCCCUCUUCAUGAUGGACGAGGACUCCCACUGCUCUGUGUCGUCUGUGUGCGCUGCGGCGGAUGUUCAUGGGGCCUCCCUCCCCUCCAACGCUGCAGAGCGCAGUCAGGACAGUGUGGUGGUGAUGCUGUCUGACUCCAACUCCACCCAGGAUGCCUUCACAGACCCCGCCAGCUCCCAGGACAGUAGCCAUGUUAAGCUGCAGUCUCAGUCUGGGAAGGGCAGUACGUCUUCCUCUGAGAACACCACCCCCAUCAAGGAGGGCCAGCCUACAGUUGAAGACACAGGCUCACAUGGGGGAAGAAGCAACGAGGGCGGGACUGUAAUCUUGCUGGAGGACAAAGAACAAGUCCAAGAAGUAGAAGACACCAUCUCAUUGACAGUACCUGAGGCUGAUGCCCAAAAGCCGACCAUAGAUCCCUGCCCUCAUGCACUGCCUGUUCCAUCCACCCCACCAAAGGCCUCGUCCACUCCUCAGGUCACCCCCCAAACCCCCACUCCUCAGGCCACCCCCCAGACUCCCGCCAGCGAUGGGAAGAGCCGUCACCAGAGGUGGCCCGAGCCCCCUCCAGAGGUUGUGGAGGUGCCCAAGGCCCUCCCUGCUGAGCGGACAGAGCAGCGCCACAUGCUGGUGGAGAUGUGUGUCCGUGCUCUCUUCCUCUGCCUGAGCCGCUUCCCUCAGCACUACAAGAGCCUCUAUCGCCUGGCCUUCUUCUACACCAACAGCAAGACCCAACAGAAUCUGCGGUGGGCACGAGAUGUGUUGCUAGGAAGCAGUGUCCCAUGGCAACAGCUGAAGCACAUGCCAGCACAAGGACUUUUCUGCGAGAGGAACAAGACAAACCUGUUCAAUGGCAUCUGGCGUAUUCCAGUGGAUGAGAUUGAUCGGCCCGGCAGUUUUGCAUCUCAUAUGAACAGAUCCAUCGUUCUCUUGCUAGAGGUGCUGUCUCAGCUGAAGGACCACGACACACUGCUCAAAGUCUCUUUCAUGCUCCAGAGAACCCCUGACCAGGGAAAGAAGUAUUUGCGGGAUGUGGAUCGUCAGGUUUUGGCCCAGAGAGCAUUUUUCCUAGCUGUAAAAGUCCUGGAGGACAAUCUGAACAAACUCACAGGGGUGUCGGCGCAGCCUGCCAUGGAUGAGAUGACGACCACGGACACGUCCAACAGGCCCAGUGCAGAGGACCGCAGUCAAGCACUGCCUAAGAAGCCGGGGCUCACUGAGGGGACACAGGUCAAUGCCCCAGCCCCAGGCCCUGACUCUGGGCUGCAGGAGACCCCUCAGGCACAGCCAGCCCUGCUCACCACAGACGGAGACAGGGGGGAUCAGCAGCAGGGAACUCCAUGUGGGAAGGUGGAGGGGGCCAGAGCAGGGCCAGAGGAGCCUAUGGAGCUGGACACUGGCCACUGGGGGCGUCCCUCCAAGACCACAGACUCUCAGGGCAUCCAACCAGACACUGAGCCCCCCAGAGCUGUGUUGGAGCCUGGGGAGAAAGUGGCUGUGAGCAGCCGGGCACCAGAGCUUUCUCUGGAAGACCUGAGCAUCAGCUCCAGACAGCAGCAGCUCCAGGGCCCGGUAGUUAAGGGGCCAGUGUCAGCCAUCGGAGCAGAGCUGGGACUAGCCCAGGGGCCGCUACGCAGGCCCAGCAGGAAGAGGAAGCUCCUAGAUGACGUAGAGUCUGGCAAAACUCUUCUGAUGGAUGCCUACCGGGCGUGGCAGCAGGGCCAGAAGGUCGUGACCUACAACCUGGGGCGCAUUGAGAAAAUCAUGUCAGAGACAUACAUGCACAUUAAGCAGGUGGACGAGGAUGUGGCGCUGGACCAAGCAGUGAAGUUCUGCCAGAUACAGAUGGCCACGUCAGCACAACGACAGUCUGCCAGUGAUGCCCCGACAACACCUAAGUACUCCAAGGAGCACCGCGACAUCUUCUUCCCUGCCUCUCUGCCCACCCCGGUCCUGCUCAGUCACGCUACCUGCCACCCCCUGUCUGUCCAGGACAGCCAAGCCAAACUCCAGUACGAACCCCAUGGCAAGGUGCCCAGACCUCCAGCCAGCAGCUCCCACGAGCAUUGUCAGCCCCAGCACAGGAGAGCACCCCUGCCUAUCCACCCUGCUUCAACUAUGGCCUUCCACCCCCAAACAGAGGAACGUGAGGAGCCCCCAGAGGGACUGUCCUACAGACAGCAGGAGUCUCAUCUUUGCCAACAAAUGAAGUUGGCCACUGUGUCCCCAGGGCAGGAGGCUGCAGGCUGGUACCAUGACGAGCCUCCUUCCUGUAGUGCCACACAACCCUGCUCAGACCAGCAGCUGUAUGGCAGCAGUGAGCAGUCCAAGAUUUCGGACCCUAGUCGUAUCCGCUCACGCAUCCCCCCCAACAUGCCAAAGCUCUUCAUCCCCUCCACCGUCACCAAGUUCCCCCCGGAGAUCACCGUCACCCCGCCUACUCCCACCCUGCUCUCCCCCAAAGGAAGUAUUUCAGAGGAAACCAAGCAGAGACUCAAGAACGUGAUCCUGUCCUCCCAGUCGGCGGCCACGGUGAAGAAGGAGACGCUGAGCCAGCCGGCCCUGGAGGUGCAGGAGACGUCCAGCCAGGAGUCCUCUCUGGAGAGUGAAUCAGACGACGGGGAUGAGGAGGAUGAUUACAUGGACAUCUGAGCCACUGCUACAAGAUUGAACAAACCCAGGCCACUCCUUCGAGCUAGACCUGACUACCAUCAAACCCCUCCACUUCCUCCCUUGUCUUGAAACAAUGGAAUGGUACAUGUCACUGCAGCUCGUGUCUCUGUGUUGGUGCAGUUGGUCUAAUGCUGUCUUAAUGGAAAAAAGCUCUUGAAGUGAAAAUGUGCAAAUGCGCACUGUUCUGCUCUUGACACUGGAUGACUGGGGAUGUUUUUUGUUUAACAACAAUUUUGCAAAGUGCCAUUUACACUUAUCACACCUGUCAGCUAACCAAGCUCUCCAUAGUCUUUCACAUGAAAAUGGGAAAAGGUGUAGAAUGAUGAUCUAUGCUUACUGUAAGUUAAAUGGUCAGAAUUGGUGGUGGAUUGUUGCUAUGUAGACACAUUCUUAGCAUGCAAUGCAGUUGGCAUCCUUGGCUGUGAUGUAUACACCUUGCACACGUAAUGGGGACUAGAAUUUGGCCUGCUUUUACUGUAUGUUUCAACUGCAGCUAAAUCCUUGUUGUUGGAAUGCAACAUCCCACGCUGAGGUGCUUCAACAUGAUGAAAUGUGCCAUGGCAACAUAUCACAGGUGCCAGCCAACUUCUAUCCAUACACAUUGAUAUAAGAAUCUGAACGGCAAGAAAUCCACAUUUGUAUGUGACCUACAUUUUCAUGGACACUAAGAUUUACUGAGGACUGCAAACCAGAGUUUUAUAUAGGGCUCCUAAAGCAAUGUUGAGGACCCUACUUCUCCAAAGCCUAAUAACCUGUAGCAGAUUGGAUAUGUUUACACUUCCAAGUGGGAUGUCUGUGAUUUGUCUCUUGCUCGUGUUCUAUUUUUGUACUCAACUGUAUUAUAUCAAGUCUUGUUUGAUUUUGUCCUUUUGUUUCUCUGUGGAUUUGUAGCUUGGAGGACCCUUCUUUACCAGGAAGAGGUCCUGUCACCAGCAUUGCUCAGAAUAAUAGACAAAGUGAUGUUUUGGAUUAGUCUGAAUUAGCUUUUGUACAUAUCACAUUUAAAACAUAUUCUCAAAUGAAGCAACUCUUACGUGGUCCGGGUGUUUAUUUAGCGUUGGGGUCAAGUGUGGAUGUUCCUAAUUCAGAGAAAAUGCCUUGGUAAAUAUGUUUAAAUUCUAUGUCAACUCAGAGGACGACAUUAGAAUGUUUUUUUUUUACAGAUUGUUUCUAUAAAAAGGAUAUUUACCAUAUGUUUCUUGUAAAUUGUCUUUAGAAGACUUUUUAAAAAGGAAGAAAUUAUGAACAAAUAAUUGUAAAGGACAUCACCCGAACAAGUCUUGCUUGACUACCUAUCUGUAAAUGGAUGUUUGUAUUUUUUGGUGUAAAAUACUGUUUUGUAUUUCUGCUGCUGAGCUUCUUGUGGGAAUGUAUAAUGGCUGAGAGGUUUUUCUUCCUUAAACCUUGGCACAGGCUGGGGAGUUGUUGUUCUUUACAUAUUAACUUGCCACAUUAAAGAUGUCACAAACCAAAAAUAUACGU